GAUUCAAAUCUCAGAGCACAGCUAUUCUCUUACACAUAAAUGGAAGUCAAACGUCUUGACCAAUUUCAACAAAUCCACCACCAUUAAAACAUCAACAUUAGCAUUCAUGAACGAUAUCCUGUGGAUUGCAAACUCACGUGAGGAUUUAGACCAAAUUAUACAUAUUGCGGAUAGCUUCUACCAACUCAAUUUUACUAAAAUGAACUGGGAAAAAUCUGUCUUGCUUACAAAACGUAAUGACAAUGAUAACACAUUUACAUGUAAUAUCAAUG